AUGGCGCCUCCAAAAUUCCCCAAUGGCCUCAACCUCUACCAUAUCGGCUUCGCCACCCUCAAAUACCCCGAGCUGGCACCUGGCUUACCAGUUCCCCUCAACAACAUAGUAGGCGCACUCCAGCACGAGCCUAAACUGGCCCAAAACCACCAAGUCGUACAGAUCGCCUCACAAUACCUCGACACGCUCAUGGCCCAGCAGACCAGCCGCGACGUCGCCACACUCAACGAUCCCGCCUCCGACCAGUACUACUUCUCCCGCCCGCUCCUCCUUCUCAACUUCCUGACCGCGAACCCGGACGUCUGCAAACGAAUCGCCGCGCACCCGGCCCUCGUGAAUGAGCUCGUCGAGAAGAUGCUGGCGCCCGACUUCCACGACAACAUGAAGGCUGCCGCCCGCCCCUCGCUCGGGGGGUUCCCGCCGGAAGAUUUUGCGGACGCUUUCGGCAGCGUGUUACAAUUCCUCUCGACUAUGCUGCUGUACCAGGAUCUGAUGCCAGCUGUAAACCCGCGGCUCAAGGACCUGAUUCCGAAGCUAGGGGAGUGGGAGAAGACGUAUAAGCAUAGCCGUGUUGCGGUCAUCCGGGACGCGUCGGCGAGGCUAGUGUCUCAGAUCAACGGGAUGAAUCCGCCGCUGAUCUCGAUGAUGAGGAAGAUGCAGGAGGGGACUUUGUGUUGUGGUGUCGUUUCUUGCACACUUAGAGGCGCGGAUAAGUUGACGGUGUGUGGAGUUUGCAAAAUCCAGAGAUAUUGCGGCAAAGAGCAUCAGAAGGCCGACUGGAAGUACCACAAGCAUAUCUGUGCCAAGGGUCUCGUCGAGCCGGCUGCGUAA